UUUCAGUCACACUGAAGAAUAGUUAAACAAAAAAAAAACAGAAACGAUUAAAUUUCAACGCUAUACGCAAAUUAAUUACUAAAAUAGGACUAUAUAAGAAAAAAAUGCAAAGCGUUUUAAAUUCCGUCAAAGGCACAGCAUUAAAUGUUGCAGAAUAUUUGACGCCUGUCUUAAAGGAAUCAAAAUUCCGUGAAACUGGCGUCUUGACACCCGAGGAAUUUGUAGCAGCCGGUGACCAUUUGGUCCAUCAUUGUCCCACCUGGCAAUGGGCAGCUGGCGAUGAGACUAAAACGAAACCAUACUUACCAAAGGAUAAACAAUUUCUGAUAACUCGCAAUGUGCCAUGCUAUCGGCGAUGCAAACAAAUGGAAUAUGUCGGCGAGGAAACUCUCGUGGAGGAGGAAUCUGGUGAUGGUGGCUGGGUGGAGACACAUCAAUUGAACGAUGAUGGCACCACACAACUGGAUGAGAAAAUCUGUGAAUUAACAUUGGAGGAGUCCAAGGACGACAUGCAUACACCGGAUAGCGAUAAUAUUGAUAAUAUGGAAGAUGUCGAUGCUGAUGGAAAUGAUAACAAUGCGGAUGAUGAUGAUGAUGACGAGGCCAUUGAUAUGGAUGAUUUUGAGGAGAGUGGCAUGUUGGAUCUUGUGGAUCCCGCUGUGGCCACCACAACACGUAAAAUAGAUGCCCAUGAUAGUAAAUCCGCCAACAAUUCCAAUUCCAAUCCAAAUGAAGCUACUGGCGGCAGCGUUGGCAAUGGUAGUGAUUCGGUUUUACAUACACGUACCUAUGAUUUGCAUAUAACCUACGAUAAAUACUAUCAGACGCCACGCCUUUGGGUUGUCGGCUACGAUGAGCAACGCAAACCAUUGACCGUUGAGCAAAUGUAUGAAGAUGUCUCACAGGAUCAUGCCAAGAAGACUGUUACCAUGGAAUCGCAUCCACAUCUACCAGGCCCAAAUAUGGCAUCGGUUCAUCCAUGUCGGCAUGCUGAUAUUAUGAAAAAGAUCAUUCAAACUGUCGAAGAGGGGGGCGGUGAGUUGGGCGUGCAUUUAUAUUUGAUAAUCUUUUUGAAAUUCGUUCAAACUGUAAUCCCAACCAUCGAAUAUGAUUUUACGCAAAAUUUCAAUAUGUCAUAAAGCAAAAACGAAAUCCGCUUUCCCAAAAAAAAAAAAACCCCCAACAAAAACCGAUGCAAUACUUCAUACAUACAUUAUUCAAGAAUAAAGUUUUGAAUCAAGCACAAGAAAAAACAAAACAUAAA